AUGACGAUACUGCACCGUGUGCUCGUGAUAAGUACCCUCCUUUCUUUGCUAGUCGUUUCUGCGGUUUCCCAUGGCGGGAAAGCAUCCAAGGGUGUGGGAUACGAUGGGCGAUCUUUAAUCGUCAAUGGGAAGAGGGAGCUUCUGUUUUCAGGGUCAAUCCAUUAUCCCAGGAGUCCUCCUGAGAUGUGGCCGGAUAUACUGAGCAAAGCGAAAAAGGGGGGAUUGAAUGUGAUUCAGACAUAUGUCUUUUGGAACCUCCAUGAACCAGUUCAGGGCCAGUUCAAUUUUGAAGGAAACAAUGAUGUGGUGAAAUUCAUCAAGAUGAUUGGUGAGCAUGGAAUGUAUGUAACACUCCGGGUUGGGCCAUUCAUUGAGGCUGAAUGGAACUUUGGAGGAUUCCCAUACUGGUUAAGAGAGGUUACGAAUAUUACAUUCCGAUCUGAUAACCCUCCAUUCAAGUAUCACAUGAAAAAAUUCACCAAAAUGAUCAUACAAAAGAUGAAGGAUGAGAAAUUAUUUGCUUCUCAAGGAGGUCCCAUUAUUUUAUCACAGAUUGAAAAUGAAUACAACAAUAUUGAACUUGCAUUCGAAGAAGAAGGAACCCGAUACGUUCAGUGGGCAGGAACCAUGGCCGUGGGGCUCAAAACUGGAGUCCCAUGGGUGAUGUGCAAGCAGAGGGAUGCGCCUGAUCCAGUGAUCAACACAUGCAAUGGGAGGCAUUGUGGAGAUACUUUCACAGGUCCAAACAGACCGAACAAGCCUGCUCUAUGGACAGAGAAUUGGACAGCUCAGUAUAGAGUGUUUGGGGAUCCACCAUCUCAAAGGACGGCAGAAGAUCUUGCAUUUUCUGUAGCUCGUUUCUUCUCAAAGAAUGGCACUCUUGCAAACUAUUACAUGUACUACGGUGGGACAAAUUUUGGUAGGACAGGCUCAUCAUUUGUGACAACCCGCUACUAUGAUGAGGCUCCUAUUGAUGAAUUCGGUCUUCUGAGAGAACCAAAAUGGGGUCAUCUACGAGACUUGCACAGUGCUUUGAGAUUAUGCAAGAAAGCUUUACUUUGGGGAAAUCCCUCUGUUGAAAAGUUGGGUGAGAAACUGGAGGCCCGAAUCUAUGAAAAAUCGGAAGCCGGUAUUUGUGCUGCUUUCUUGACCAACAAUGACACCAGAAUAGCUGCGACUGCAACAUUCAGAGGUGCCCGGUAUUACCUGCCAGCACAUUCUAUAAGCAUCCUCCCUGACUGCAAAACUGUCGUCUACAACACACAAAAGAUUGUUGCACAACAUAGUGCAAGAAACUACAAAAUAUCAAAGGUAGCUAACAAGAAGCUCCACUGGGAAAUGUCUCAAGAAAAUAUUCCAAAUAUCAAUGACGCUCCAACCAAGUCACAAACUCCCUUAGAACUGAUGAGCACCACCAAAGAUACCACAGACUUUUUGUGGUACACCACCAGCAUUGAAUUGGGUCGCAGAGACUUGCCCUUCAAGAAAAAUAUUCAUCCAAUUCUUCAGGUUUCAAAUCUUGGCCAUCUAAUGCAUGCAUUUGUAAAUGGAGAAUACAUAGGAACGGAACAUGGAAACAACAUCGAGAAGAGCUUCGUGUUUCGAAAGCCCAUACCCUUGAAGCCUGGAAUUAACCAUAUAUCAUUGUUGGGAGCAACAGUUGGAUUUCCAGAUAGUGGAGUCUACUUGGAGCGUCGGUUCGCUGGUGUCCGUACCGUGUCAAUCCAAGGUCUGAAUACAGGAACUGUUGAUCUUUCAAACAAUGGAUGGGGGCAUCAGGUGGGUUUGAAUGGAGAAAGCCUCCGUGUCUUCACUCAGGAGGGUUCUCACCGGGUGCAAUGGACCAAAGCUAAAGGAUCUGGACCACCUCUCACGUGGUACAAGGCUUACUUUGAUGCUCCCGAGGGAAGUGGCCCAGUUGCUAUUCAAAUGGACACCAUGGCCAAAGGCAUGGUUUGGGUCAAUGGUAAAAGCAUAGGUCGCUACUGGGUAUCUUUCCUUUCUCCUCUGGGAAAGCCUUCCCAGUCUGUAUACCAUAUACCCAGACCCUUCUUGAAGUCAUCAGAUAAUCUUCUGGUUGUGUUAGAGGAAACAGGAGGAAAUCCGGAUGGGAUUAAAAUCCUAAACGUCAACAGAGAGACAGUCUGCAGCUAUAUAACCCAAUAUCAUCCACCCACUGUCAAGUCAUGGAAGAGAGAGAACAAUGUGGUACACACUGUGGUGGACGAUGCCAAACCGAAGGCUCACUUGAGGUGCCCCGAGAACAAAGUCAUUGUCAAUAUAGACUUUGCCAGCUAUGGUGAUCCAUAUGGUGCCUGUGGAAACUAUGCCAUUGGAAACUGCACUUCCCCUAAUAGCAAGAAAGUCGUAGAACAGCACUGCUUGGGAAAGAACACUUGCAGUGUAUCAAUGACGCCUGAGACAUUCAACAAGGAUGGCGACUCUUGUCCAAAUGCUCCAAAAACCCUGGCCAUCCAGGCUAAGUGUGCUCAUGACUAAAAGCUCCAGGUGACAGAAUUGAGUGAAACGGGUUAUGGCAUUUGACUGGCUUGCUGAAAAAGGAUAUACAUGACGGACAUGUAAUUCUUGAUUCAUUCUAUUCAUUCCUUGCUACAUCAUGGAAAUUGUAAUUAAGAUUGUACUCCUUUUAUUCAUUCCUUGCUUCAUCAUGGAAAUUGUAAUUAUGAUUGUACUCCUUGACCUUUUUUAUUUUUCUUUUCACCCUCAUAAAUGAGAAUGCAAGGGUUGUCCUGAGAA